UAUCCUCUGAACUAUGGAAAGCGGUGGAACCGAAAAAGGCGCCCCAACUUUUCGGGCAAUAGAAUCCUUUCACUUUUCCCCCUACCCCCAGCGAUUUUGCAUUUAUGCACGCCAUUAGUCCACCCCUGUUCUCUCUCUCUCUCUCUCUCUCUCUCUACUGUGUCUGCCAUCGUCUCAUCUCUCGCUGAAGUGAUCGGGGAAGUUCGAGCUCCCGGCUCAAUCGAUUUCAGAUCAGCUUUGUGAUUGAUCGUCCAUGUGAACGUUGUAGAGGCUCUGCCUGUUUGGAUGGAUGUUUGAUGGAUUAGGUUGCUACUUGUACGCGGCGGUUACUGUUCUGGAUCGGUUUUUGUGAAAGUAAGCUGUGCUAGAUUUUGAAGAUGGGAGAGGCUAAGAAGGUCUUGGACAUGGAGGAGGGGACUCUCGAGGUUGGCAUGGAGUACAGAACUGUCUCUGGUGUUGCUGGGCCGCUGGUUAUUCUGGAAAAAGUCAAGGGUCCAAAAUAUCAGGAGAUAGUUAAUAUCCAACUGGGAGAUGGAACAACAAGGCGUGGUCAAGUGCUGGAAGUUGAUGGAGAGAAGGCCGUUGUGCAGGUUUUUGAAGGAACAUCUGGAAUUGACAACAAAUUUACAACUGUUCAGUUCACUGGGGAGGUGCUGAAAACCCCAGUAUCACUGGAUAUGCUUGGCCGUAUCUUUAAUGGUUCUGGGAAGCCCAUUGAUAAUGGUCCUCCGAUCUUGCCCGAGGCUUACCUUGAUAUAUCUGGAAGUUCCAUAAACCCUAGUGAGAGAACAUAUCCCGAAGAAAUGAUACAGACGGGAAUUUCUACAAUUGAUGUCAUGAACUCCAUUGCACGUGGACAGAAGAUUCCACUGUUCUCUGCUGCUGGUCUUCCUCACAAUGAAAUAGCUGCCCAGAUCUGUCGCCAGGCCGGUCUUGUCAAACGAUUGGAGAAGUCUGAUGACAUUAAGGAUGAUGAGGAGGACAAUUUUGCCAUCGUAUUUGCAGCUAUGGGUGUAAACAUGGAGACAGCACAGUUCUUUAAGCGAGACUUUGAGGAAAAUGGAUCAAUGGAGAGAGUGACUCUUUUCUUAAAUCUGGCCAAUGAUCCCACAAUUGAACGCAUCAUCACUCCUCGAAUUGCUCUCACUACUGCUGAAUACUUGGCUUACGAAUGCGGGAAGCACGUUCUUGUCAUACUGACGGACAUGAGUUCUUAUGCAGAUGCCCUUCGUGAGGUAUCAGCUGCCCGGGAAGAGGUGCCAGGAAGGCGUGGCUAUCCUGGUUACAUGUACACUGACCUGGCAACCAUUUAUGAGCGGGCAGGUCGUAUCGAAGGGCGAAAAGGCUCUAUCACUCAAAUUCCUAUAUUGACAAUGCCCAAUGACGAUAUUACACACCCAACUCCUGAUCUUACUGGUUAUAUCACUGAGGGGCAGAUUUAUAUUGACAGACAGCUCUACAAUCGACAGAUUUACCCCCCAAUCAAUGUGCUUCCAUCUCUCUCUCGUCUAAUGAAGAGUGCCAUUGGCGAGGGGAUGACUCGUCGAGACCAUGCUGAUGUUUCCAAUCAGCUUUAUGCAAAUUAUGCCAUCGGAAAGGAUGUUCAAGCAAUGAAAGCUGUGGUUGGAGAAGAAGCACUCUCUUCUGAGGAUCUGCUUUAUUUGGAGUUCUUGGACAAGUUUGAGAGGAAAUUCGUGAGUCAGGGCGCUUACGAUACCCGCAACAUCUUCCAGUCUCUCGACCUUGCAUGGACUUUGCUUCGAAUAUUCCCCCGUGAGCUGCUCCAUCGUAUACCAGCAAAGACCCUUGACCAAUACUACAGCCGCGAGUCAACCGGCUGAUCAUAUGACUCUGUCAGCCCAGCUUUUAGCUAGAUUGCCUGCCAGUAUUAUAUAUAUUGAGUUCAUUACCAGGUCUUCCGCUCCUCCAGUUCUUCGGCCAAACUGUUGUAUCUAGCCAGAGCUAUUGGGUUUACUUUGUGGACAAUGGUAGUUUAUUUUCAUUUAUCGGUUAACGAUUAUCGGUCUAGUAUUUUUGGAACAUCAGCGUUAAAACUGCACAUUUGGGUUUAUCGAAAUAAUUGUUGUUGUAUUAUAAUUUCUUUAUGGGACUGGGAAACAAAUUUCUUCCAAGCACUUUUGCCUGCUAGGAAUGUUCUCUA